AUGGAAAUAAAUUUUCCUAACGAUAAAAACACAAGCACAUGCGUGAAAAAAGUUGACUAUAGUAUGAACGAUCAAAUGAAAAUGAAUAAUUUUUAUGUGAACAGUAACAGUAACUGUAGCAAUAAUAAUAACGGAAACAAUAUUAUUAACUUCAAAAAUUACAAAAUACAAGAGUCCUUAGUUACACAACAUCCGGAGCAUAACAAAAACUUUUUCAUUGAUAAAAAUGUAAACCCCUAUGAAUAUAAUUUAAUGACGAAAAAUGGUCAAAUGUAUAACAAAAAUAAUGUACACCUUCAGAACAACGACAAAGGUUUUGGCAUUAAUAACAGCAGUGGUAGUACCAUCAAUAGAAGUAACAUCAGUGGUACUAACAUCAGUGGUACGAACAUCAGUGGUACGAACAUCAGUGGUACGAACAUCAGUGGUACUAACAUCAGUGGUAGUAACAACCGAAAUAACGGUAAUAACAAAAACCAUUUUGUUCAUGAAACAAUAUACAGCCCUUUGAGCUUAAAAAGCUCGUCAGAUACUCGAAGGUUGAACACCACGAAUGUGUUACCCAGUAGAAGCCUCACACCACAAAUAUUAAACAAAUAUGAAAAUACUGCAUAUAAUAGUAAUAAUAAUAAUGCCAAUAAUAACAGCAGUAACAGUGAUAACUACAAUAUUAAUAAUAAUAAUUAUUAUUAUUAUAAUAACAAUAAAUACAGUAAUAACGAUAACAAGUUUGUUAGUAAUUACACAACAGACUGCACCGUUAAUGCUAAUAAUAAUAACAGUAAUAAUAUAAUGAAUCAUAUUAGCUCAAACAAGAAUAACAGUAUUGUUCAUAAUUUAUAUUCAAAUAAAAAUUUAAUCGCGAAUAGUAAUUUAUAUCAGGACAAGGAAAACCAAAAUAAUACAAACUUAUAUAAUUACAAUAGUCAUCAGUAUAAUUCACCAAGUAAAAACCACAGUAGAAAUUUGAGCACUAAAGGAACUGCUUACAACAACAGUGGUAAAAUUGUAAAGUUCAACAAUGGUGGUAACUGUAACGAUAGCAGUAGUAACAAUAAGAUUACAGGGGCUAUUAACUCGUGUGAUAAUUUGGUAAUGUCCGAUGAACAUCAAAUGAUGAAUAGAAACAUGAAACACUCAAAUAAUAGUAUGCCAAAUAAUUUACACCAAAUUCAAAGUAGCAAGAUUCUAAGCAAUAACAUAAAUACAAAUACGUUAUAUUGUGAUUUAAGUAAUCCUGUAGCAAAUAAAAUGUCGCUUAUGAAAAAUUUCACCAUGAACGAAAAUAUCACAGGUGAAAUGGGAGACAUCAAUAUAAGCAAUAACAUGAGCGGUACCAUUGGCAGUAAUAUAUGCAGUAACAUAAGCAGCAAAAAUAAUUAUACCCUCUCGGCAAAUAAUUAUGACGAUAAUAAUAAUAAUAUUAACAAUGCUGUCAUAAAUUAUAGCAACAAUAACGGCAGCACUAAUGGCAAUAUUAAUAGUAGUAACAUAUGUAACAAUAGUAAUAAUAACAAUAGGAAUAGUAACAAUAGUAAUAGUAACAAUAGUAAUAGUAACAAUAGUAAUAGUAACAAUAGUAAUAGUAACAAAAGUAAUAGUAACAAUAGUAAUAGUAACAAUAGUAAUAGUAACAAUAGUAAUAGUAACAAUAACGGUAGUAAUUAUCAACAGAAUAACUUAACCAUUAAUAAUAACAAAAUGGGAAUGAACAUAAAAAAUAGUAAAUUUGAAAACAAUAAAAAUAUUGAAGAAUUUAAAGGUUCUGCAAAUAAACAUGAUACACUAAUUGAAGUAACAAAAAAUAUGAUCAUCAAUAAUAAUAACAGUAAUAAUUGUAAUAAUAGUAAUAGUAAUGUUAAUAAUAAUAUUAAUAGUAGUAACUGUAAUAGUAAUAUUAAUAAUAAUACUAAUAUUAAUAGUAGUAAUUGUAAUAGCAUAAAUGGAGCAAAUAAUCAAAACAAAUUAAAUAAUAAUAAAUUAGGUUUAAACACAUCAAGUGCAUUAUUUUUACCUUCAACCCGUAAUAAUAAUAACAAAAAUGAAAUGAACAAUAUUGGCAGUGUUAGCAAUAUUGGCAGUGUUAGCAAUAUUGGCAGUGUUAGCAAUAUUGGCAGUGUUAGCAAUAUUGGCAGUGUUAAUAAUUUUGGCAUUGUUAAUAAUAUUGGCAGUGUUAAUAAUAUUGGCAAUGUCAGCAAUAUUAAUAGUGUUAAAAAUAUUAAUAAUAUAAGCAGCAAGAAUAAUAUUAGCGGCAAGAAUAAUAUUAACAAUAAUUAUAAUGAUUAUGAUAAUAAAAUUUUGAAGGACAUAAAUAAUUAUACGAUAAACUCGGUCGGUAAAAAUAAUUCAGAAAUUUACAAAAACAAACAUAUUUAUACUGAUAAAUCAAUUCGUGAAAGUAGUAAUAAUAGCAUUAACAAUUGCAGUAAUAAAAGUAGUAAUCAUUACAGUAAUAAAAGUAGCAAUAAUUGCAGUAAUAAAAGUAGCAAUAAUUGCAGUAAUAAAAGUAGCAAUAAUUGCAGUAAUAAAAGCAGCAAUAAUUGUAAUAAUAAAAGCAGCAAUAAUUGUAAUAAUAAAAGCAGCAAUAAUUGUAAUAAUAAAAGCAGCAAUAAUUGUAAUAAUAAAACCAGCAAUAAUUGCAAUAAUAAUAUUUUUUCAAGUGACUGUAACAAUAACACAAGUGACCUUGACAAAAUUAAUUUUGCCAAAAUUAAUAAUUUAAGUGUAAUAAAUGAUAAUAAUAGUAGUAAUGACAAAAGUGUGAACAUUUAUGGGUAUGAAAAAAAAGUACAUAAUCAAAAUAUAAAUGCUGAAGCAAAUUUAGCGAAUAAUGUGAGUAAUAAUAAUAGCAAUAAUAUUUUAAAAAACAUUUUAAAUAACACUAUAAUAGGAGGUACAAAUAGUAGCACGGUAAGUGGCGCAAAUAAUAAUAGUAAUAGUAAUAAUAACAAUUAUAAUAAUACUAGUCAGUAUGUAUUAAAUUCUGAAAAUCAGGAAACAGCAUGUUUGAGUAAUAUUACAAAUAAUAAUUUUCCAAAAAUGCAAAACGUGAACAGUAACAGUAAUAACAGUCUCAGCAGUGGUAAUGUCAACAUUAGUAUCAACAAUGGCAUCAACAAUGGCAUCAACAAUGGCAUCAGUAAUGGCAUCAGUAAUGGCAUCAGUAAUGGCAUUAACAAUAGCAUUAACAAUAGCAUUAACAAUAGCAUUAACAAUAGCAUUAACAAUCGUAUUAAGAAUGGACAUAACAAUAGUAGUAACAAUAACAAUAACAGUUGCAGUUACAGCAAUAGUACCAUGGGUUUUGGAAAAAGUAGUAACAGCUACGGAAGUUACAGUAGCGGAGUCAGUGGCAUGAACAAUGCUUUAAGUAUUUCUUCUCAAACGUAUAAAAAAAUGGAGAAUCAUGUUUCUAGAAGUAAUAUUGAUAAUAGUUGUAUUAGUAGUAGCAGUAAUAGUAACAUGAAUAGUGGCAUUCAUAGUAGCAUUCAUAGUGGUAUUAAUAGUAUUAUUAAUAGUGAUGUUAAUAGUAGCAUUAAUAGUAAUAUUAAUACUAUUAAUGGUACUAAUAAUAGUUACACGCACAUGUUGAACAAUUACAACAGUAAUAAUGCAUUAUACAAUAAUGUGAAUAAUAACAAUGUGAGCGCGAAUAAUGGCUUUAUAAAAAAUAACGUGGAAUUAUUAAUUAACUCAAAAAGGUGUAGAGAAAAUGUUGAUAAUAAUGAAUCUUUUACAAAUUUGAACGGUCUCUCGAAUGGUGUCUUAACAAGUACCCAUUCGAAUAAUCUUCCAGGUAAUAUUUUUAAUAACAGUCAGAGUAGUGUUAUAAAUGCUAUGAAGCAAAAUAUUGCAAGUAGUAAUAUCAACAAAUUAAAUGGAAAUUACAACAUGGGCAAUAAUAUACUAAAUUGUAAUGGUAACAAUAGCAAUAGUGGUAAUAUUAACAUUAACAGUAGCAUUAACAGUAGCGUUAACAGUAGCAUUAACAGUAACAAUAACAGUUACAUUAACAGUAACAUUAACAGUAACAUUAACAGUAACAUUAACAGUAACAUUAACAGUAACAUUAACAGUAACAGUAACAUUAACAGUAACAGUAUUAGCAACAGAAGUGGUACUAAUAACAAUCUAGUGCAAAAUGAUAACAUUUGCAAGGUGACUGCAAAAAGAGUAAACAAGCAAUUAAAUGCAAUGAACGUAAUUCCUACGAACAAUUUUUUAGUUAACACAGAUUUGUAUGACGUUGAUAUGAAUAAGUUAAGUACAUAUCCUCAUCAGUAUCAAAAUAAAGAGGAAAAUAAGAGCCAAAUUAAUUAUGCAAAUAGUUUAAUGUAUGGGACCAGUGUAGGAAAUAGCAACAGUGUACAUAACAGCAGUGUUCCUAGCAACAAUAAUUUUAGUAUGUAUAACAACACAAAUUAUAACGUCAAUUUAAUGGAAAAUGCAAGUGCAGAAAGUAGUAGUAUGAAUGUAAAUAAAAUUUUUAAUAAUAAUAGUAGUAACUUAAAUACAACCAUGACUAGUGUAAAUGCAAAUAAUAAAACAAUUGAAGUUAAUGCUCCUAUAAAGAAUAUAUCCUCCUUACCUCAAUCCACGAAUAACUAUAACAUGAAAAAAUUUUUGUACUCAUCGUCAGGUAUUGCAAGUGCAAAUGCAAAUGCAUCUAAAGUGACUGAUUACCCUUUGAAUAAUUCGUCAAACUAUGUAAAUAAUAACAUAAUGAACAAUUUAACGGGCAGUAAUUUGGUGAAUAGUAACAACAUGGCAAGCGCAAACAUUAUGAACAGCAGCAUUGUGAACAAUAAUAUCAUGAACAACAGUAUGAUGAACAGUAUAACGAACAGCAUUACGAACAACAUUACGAACAACAUGACGAACAGUGUUAACGAGAUUGAUAACCUAACAAAUAGUAUAGGAAACAACAUAACAAAUAAUAUAACAAAUAAUAUGCAAAUUAUUAAUAACAAUAAUGUAACUCAAAAAAUAAAUAAUAACAUUUCUAUCAACGUAUCUAAUGACAUAAAUAACAGUAUAAACAGCAUUAACAGCAUUAACAGCAUAAAUAAUAUAAAUAACAUAAAAAGAUAUAAAAGUAAUUUGUUAAAUAAUUUAAAUGAUUUUUCAAAUUUAGACGAAAUGAAUGAAUUAAUGAAAAAAUUUGAAAAUUCAGAUAAUUAUGAUUAUGAAAAUUCGAAAAUUUUGUUGAAUUCAAUGAGUGUGAGCGAUUCGACUAAGUUUACGCAAGAAGAUGGCAUCAUGAUGUACAAGGAUAUAAUAAACAGUAAUGGAAUGAACAGCGGUAUGAACGGCGGUAUGAACGGCGGUAUGAACGGCGUUAUGAACGGAGGUAUGAACAGUAGUAUGAGCAACACUGUGAAUGACCAGAAUACAAGCAAAGGGAGCGAGUUGCUUUCUAAUUAUUACUUAGUGAAUAAUAAUGACCGUAGCGUUAUUAGGUCUCCCAAGAUGAAGAGUGGUAGUAACAAGGGCACCAAUAAUAGUACUGCUACGAAUAAUAACAAUAAUGUUAACAUUAAUAAUAGUGGAAGUAGCAGUAAUAACAACUUAAGUGGAACCGGAAACCACAUCAUCUCUGACAGUCUGAAUAGUGCGCAAAACAACUUCAUGCUAAACACGAAUUAUGAUAUUUUAAAAAUGCAAAUGCACGGAAAAGUUGGCAAAGUAAACCGAAUAAUGGAUGUUAAUAAUAAUUAUAACAAUAGUAUAUCUAGUGAUAAUAUGAAAAACAAUAAAAAUCAGCUUAAACAGAGAAAAAUGCAAGGUAUAGAAGCAACCAGUUCUUUCAAUAAUUUAGAAAACAAUUUGAGUAAUAAUACUGGCAAUAUGAGUACAACUAUAAAUAUAAACAAUUUUAGCUCUAAUAAUGUAGGAAGCACAUCUAACUUGACAAAUGUAGGUAAUGGGACAAAUCCAAGCUACAACAGUUUUUACGAAGCGCAUGCGCAUAGCUCAUUUAGUAACACUAUGAAAAUGAAAAGCGAUAUUAAUAACUUAAAUAUGCAGAUAAACGGGAGUAGUGUGAACAACCCUUCUCAGAAGUAUGCCAUAAGUAGUAUGAAUAAUAUUGGUAGUAAUAACAUUAGUAGUAACAUGAGAAACAACAUUAUUAACAACAAUGUUAGCAGUAAGAAUAUUGGAAGUAACAACAUUACAAAUAACAACAUGAGUGACAACAACUUGACGUUGAACGAAUUUCAGAGCAACAACCAAAUGGGCAUGUUGCAGAAUAAAGCAAACAGAAAUGUGUUAACUGGUGAAGCUAAUAAAAAUGGUUUGCCCAAUGAUUUAAAUUAUUUAAAAAGCGAAUAUAAUGUUGAGGGUGGUGAUAGUAAAGCGAAAUGCGAGCAAAAUUACAGAAACACAGAAAUGUUAACAUCUGUUAGUAACAGUGGCUCGCCUGUUCAUUAUGAUAAAAACAACUAUUCAUAUUCAGAAAAAAAGAAUAAUUUUACGGAUAUGUAUAACAACAGUACCAUGGCAAAUGCUAAGAAUCCCAUAAUGAAUAUGAACAAAGUUGGCUAUACGAAAAAUUAUGGUAACAGUAAUAAUGAAAACCAAAUUAUGAGUAACAUGAAAAGGAAUAACUUAUUAAAAAUUCAAAGUGCGAAUCGUAUGCACAAUACCCCAGAUGCUAACAGUAAUAAUCAUAACAGUAACAUUCAUAGCAGUAGUAAUCAUAACAGUAACAUUCAUAGCAGUAGUAAUCAUAACAGUAAUAAUUAUAAUAUUAAUAAUUAUAACAAUAAUAAUCAUAAUAGUAAUAAUUAUAACAAUAAUAAUCAUAAUAGUAAUAGUGUUAAUUUUAUGGGAGCAGUAAAUGGAGGCACUGAUGCAAACAUUGAAGUUAAUGGUAGCAGUAAUAGCGCCUAUAGCAGUUACUGGUACCAUAAUAAUCAUAGCAGUCAUAACGGUCGUAGCGAUCAUAACAAUCAUAGUAGUCAUAACAAUCGCAGUGGUCAUAUGAAUGUGAUGAAGGAAGCGGCGCAAUCAAAGGAUGAAGGGAAUUUGGCUAGUUCAGAAAUAAAAAAAAUAGGCAAUAAAAUAUCAUCAAAAGUUUCUCCAGUUAAUUAUUUGAAUAACGAUGUAGUGAAACAAUGCAAGAAUAUAAACAGUAACAAUAGUAACAGUAAUAACAGCUUUGAUGUAAAAUUUUCAGGGAAUGAUAGCAAUUUUAAUCCAAAAGAUAUUAACAAAGUAAGUAAAAUGAACGGUGUGCUAAAUAGUAGAAGCGCAUAUAACGAAAUGAAUAAAAAUAACUAUGCAUAUAUGAAUGAUAACCAAGCUUUCAAUAGUAGUAUUAGCGGGAGUAAUAUGAAUUAUAUGUAUGAAAAUAAUGCAUAUAUGGAAAGAAGUGUUAACAAUAAUGCUUAUGGUAGUAGUAGUAUUAAUAAUAAGGAAGAGUUAAAAAAAGUUAGUAGCAUUGGUAGCGUUGGUAAUGGUAAUGUAAGCGGUAGUUUCAACGGCAAUGCCAACAGUAGCAGCUACAGCAGUAGCUAUAUGAAUACCAGUUUUAACAAUUCUUAUGAUGCAGUUCCAGAGAGUAAUAGUAAUAAAAAUAAAUAUGCGCAUGUAGGACUUAACAAGACAACAAACGCAGCUUCAAAUAAUGAUGUAAAUAAUUCUUUAAAUUUAAAAAAUCUAAUUAAUAUUAACAAUAACUUUAAUAUAUUAAUGCACAAUUUGAGUUCCCCUUCCUAUUUAAACAAUUCCUGGAACAGCGACAGUAUCAUCGAUAGUAUAACAUCAGGUAUUAGUAGUACAAGUGGUGUUGGUAGUUCUGCUACUACUUCUACUACUGCUGCUGCUAGUACUACGAACAACACCAUUAAUAGUAGCAUUAGUAGCACGAACAUGAAUGGUGUCACAAGCAAUAGUGUUUGUCAACAGAAUGAUAAGAUGAACCUACAGAAGAAUAAAAUAAAAUUUUUAAACGAAAAUAUGAAAAAUAAUUUGAGUGAAGGGAACAGUAAUAGUAGCAUGGUAAACGAUAUGAGUUUUAAUAACAAAACUUUAAAUAACACGUUUUAUGAAAAUGGUAAUGCAAAUAUGAAUAACAUACAUAUAGACAAGUCGGCAAUGAAGUACCUUAUGCAAAAGAAUAAAUAUUUGAAUAAUGAAGAGUUACAAAAUGUGUACAAGGCAUUCUUGAAAGAUAGUAUGCUUAAUAAGAACCCCAUAUCGAAUAAUUUUGUAACUGGUGGGAGUAUGGAAGGAACAGUCGGAAACUCGUUGAUCAAUGCAAAAUCUUCUAACCUCAAUAACAGUGUGAGUGAAAAAAAUUUGUUAUACUCCUUAAAUCACAACUUGUUAAUGCAGUAUGCAAACAAUUCAAGAAAAAAAGCAUCCACUAUAAGCACAAUUGUAAAUAAGGAUAGUUUAUCAUCACAAUACAAUGGAAACAAACUUAUGAAUGACCGAAAGAUAAAUGGUAAGAAUAUCGUAGAAUAUAAAGGGAAAAGUAGUAGUAGCAGUAGUAGUAGUAGCAAUAAUAACAAUAGUAAUAAUAUUAUAGUAGAUGCCUUUUUUACAAAUAAUGCAAAAAAUGUACCCAAUGAUCAGCAUUUAGUAAAUUUUAAUAUAAUUCAGAAUAUUAAUAAUAAUGAUAUGAGAGAAAUUUAUACACAAAAGAGAAAAAAUAAUAAUAAUAGAAAAGUUAAUGACAUAAAUAAUAAUGCAGAUUCUUCAGGUACCUCCAAAAGAGCAAGAAAAAAGAAAAAAGAAAUUAUUAAUUUGUCAUCAGGGUCCUCCAACAAUAAUGAUGAUAUUUUUACAUUACUGUCAUCAAAUAAUAGUAAAGUACCAAGAGGUUCAAAAAGCAGUACGGUACAAAAGUUAAAAAAUUUUAAUGUGUCCAAUGGAAUAGUAGAUAUUAACGAAGUGAGUGCCAUCAGUAGUGUUACUAGUGAUAUGAAUAAUAUAAAUGAUAAUUCGAAAAACGGGAAACAUUAUAAUGAAGUUACCGAUAAGUGCGUCGGAUCUGUUAUCAACUUGUCGCCUAUAGUGAAGGUAAAUAAUAGUGCCAGUAAUAUCGGCAUUAUUAGCGGAAUUAAUAGCAGUGAUAAGGAUGACAGUGGUAAGGACAGCGGCAGCAAGGACAGCGGCAGCAAGGACACCAGCAGAAAUGAUAACAAUCUAAUAGCCGAUGAAUCGAAGCCCAUAAGUGAAAAUCAGGUAUCAAAUAACAACAUAAGAAAAAGUACCAUUUUACAGAUUGUGCACCCAAAUCUUAAUGUAACAAAUAAUAAUUACCUGAAUAGUCAUGCGAAUAGUGUUAAUGUAAAUAGUAAUGCUACUAGUGCAAGUAAUACUAAUAUUGUAAGUAUUACAAAAUCUUUGAAUGAACUAAAUAAAAACAUUACUGAUUGUAGUAGUGAUGACAGAAUAUGUGAAUAUAGUAAAUAUAAUGAUUAUACAAAUAAAAGCAAAACAGAUGGUAAUACCACAAGCCCAAGUAUAGAGAUGAGUAACAUAAACAAUUCUGGAAAUGAAACGAUCGGUGAAAUUGAGCCUUAUCAUGAAAAAGUAAAAUGUAUGAAUGGUGCAUCUAGUGGUGGUACGGCUUCUGACACCGCUUGUGAAUGUAUUGGUGGUACAUCUAACAGUAGUGCUAAUUCAUUCAAAACAGAAAAUACGCCUGAAGGUAACAAAGUAGAAGGAGAAAUAAACAAUUUAGCGAAGAAUAUUUUGGAGGAGAAUAUUUAUAACAUAACAGAAAAGGAAUCAAUGGAUAGAUGUAAGUAUAAUAAAAAAGAUGAAGGAGAAUUAACAGAAGUAGAUGUUCACAUGUCACUUAAGAAUAUAGACAAGCAUAUUGCAAUUUAUGAGGAAGAAUUUAAAAGAAAUUCAUCAGGUGCCCCUUAUAAGGAAAAUGAAAACAUAGAAAAGAGUAGUAGUCAAAUGGGAAAUAUAGAACCAAACGAUAAUGAUAAGGAUAGGUAUAAUAACGAUAAUGACGAUAAGAUUGAUAAUAAUGAUAAUAACGAUAAUAACGAUAAUACCGAUAAGAACGAUAAGAUUGAUAAUAACGAUAAUAAGGAUAAGAUUGAUAAUAACGAUAAUAACGAUAAUAAGGAUAAGAUUGAUAAUAACGAUAAUAACGAUAAGAUUGAUAAUAUGAACAACACACAUUUGAAAGACGACGGUGAUAAUAAUAACAACAAUUAUGUUUUUUGCAAUACUGAUACUUCUAAUAGUGUUCAAAAGCUGCACAUUUGUGACAUAAUCGUAAAUAAUUUAUCAUCAGGGGGUAACAAUGAAAACAUGGAUAACAAGAUUAAUGAGGUGAUAAAUACAAAAAAAAAAAAUAAUGAUGCUAGUGAGGAUGUGUCUAUAUUCUCUUCAUUUGUUCAAAAUGAGUGUGGCAGUAAUUUAGAUAAUAUUUCAUAUGGUAGAAUUAAUAAUGAAGCAAACAUGAAUGAUGAAAAGGUUAAAAUGGUUUGUAUGGAUAGUAUGGCAAGUAUGACCAACAUGGGUAGUAACAAUGUGUAUUUGGAGGAUAAGACCGAGGAAGUAAAACAGGAAUGCAAACAAAAUGGCAUGAACAAGGAAGAAACCAGUACAAAUAAUAACAUAGAAACAGUUGCUGUUGAGAAUGAUAUUAGCAGUAAGUGCAGCUGUAUAACGUAUGAUGCAUUUUUAAAUGAUAUGAAUGAUGUAUUUCAUGGCAUUACGAGCAGUGAUAUUAAUGGGACAAAUGAAGGGACAUACGAAGCGACAUGUGAAGCGUCAAAUGGUAUAAAUGAUGUUGAACCUGUUCGAAAUAAAAAGCAGCAUGAAGUAUUAUAUGCAUUGCUGAAUGAAUAUGUUGAUAAGGAAAAUAAGAGUAUUUAUGUAGCACUGAAAAAUGAAGAAAAUGAUGUAAAGUGCAAAAUAGAAAAUAAGGCGUAUGCUCUUUAUUUAAAGGAAAAGGGGAAACAAAUAAAAAGGAAUAAUAUAUCACCCUCUGAAGAAAUUAAAAAUAGUGAUAUUGAGAAUGACAAAUCAAAAAUGAAUGACUUGAAUAACGAUAAUAAUGAAGAUGAUAAUAAUGACGAGUUGUUAACGAAUAGAUUAAUUAUAGAUUCUCGACACAAUGCAGUAUUAGUUAGUUUUGAUAAAAAGAAUGGAUUUUUAUCAACUAAUUUAAGUAGCAACACAAACGAAAAAGAGGAAUUAAAAAACAAUCUAUUAAUUAGUUUGUUAAAUAUAAAUUUCAAAGAAGAAAUAAAAAGAACAAUACAGAAUGCUUGUGCAAAAAUUGAAAAAAAUGAAAAAAAUGAAAAAAUAGUUUUCAAUGUUUCCAAGCAGAUUAACGAUAUUAAACUUCAGUACAUUUUAAAAAAGUUAUUAAAAGGAAAAAAUAGCAAAUCCGAGAAAAAUAAUUUAAAAAUUCUGAAAAUUCAAAAAAGGAAAAUUCUGCAGAAGAACUUUUAUCAGAAAAGUAACAAAUCAAAGGCGAUUACUCUUGAAUAUGUUCUCAACCCAACCCCAGAAGUUUAUGGCAACAUGAAUUGCAUUGUAAGAUCAGAAGACUGCUUACUUACAAAUGACAAGGAAAAAAGAAACAUAGAAAAAAUCAUAAAUGCAAAUUUUGAAAUAACGGCAACGACUGUUUCCGUGGCAACACCCGCAAUUGUUAACGUUUUUAAGAAUGAUGAAUAUGAGUAA